UUUAUCACCAUCGCCCUCUCGUGGUUCUCACAGGAGUUUCACCUUCACGAGCCAUAAUGGUGCUCAGAUGGGGAAUCUGCAGCGCAGGAAAAAUCAGUCAUGACUUUACAGUGGCACUGAAGACUCUUUCACCUGAACACCACCAGGUGGUUGCUGUGGCCGCGCGUGACCUAAAACGCGCUCAGGAGUUCGCGCAAAAGCACAAAAUCGCCCGGGCUUACGGCAGCUAUGAAGAUCUGGCCAAAGAUCAGGAGAUCGAUGUGGUGUAUGUUGGCAGCAUCCACCCUCAUCAUCUGUCUCUGGGUGUUUUAUUCAUGAACGCAGGGAAGAACAUACUGUGUGAAAAACCACUAGCUAUGAAUCUGAGAGAAGUUAAGGAGCUGAUCGCCACAGCGAAGCAUAAUGAUGUUUUCCUAAUGGAGGCUGUUUGGACGAGAUUCUUUCCGGCAUCAAUGGAGAUCAGUCGACUGCUGUCCCAGAAUGAGAUCGGGGAGGUGAAGGUGGUGCGUGCAGAUUUCGGUGUGAAUCUCAUGAAUACUCCACGCUCCGUACAGAAGGAGAUGGGAGGAGGCGCUCUGCUCGACAUCGGCAUCUACUGCCUGCAGUUUGUACUGAUGGUGUACAACGGAGAGAAACCUGAGUCUGUCCAAGCAACUGGGUUUUGUCUGGAUACAGGUGUGGAUGAAGGAAUGAUUGUCACGCUGAAGUUUUCUGGACACAGAAUGGCCGUGUGUACCUGUACAAUCGCCGCAGAGCUUCCAAAUGAUGUUCUCAUCGUCGGUACCAAAGGCACAGUCAAGAUUCCCAGACACAUGUGGUGCCCGACGUCUUUGAUUGUAAACGGUGUGGAGAGUCAUUAUCCUGUUCCUGAACCUGAGCUGCCUCUGAACUUUAUGAACAGUACAGGCAUGCGGUACGAAGCAGAGGAGGUCAGACGCUGUUUACUCCAAGGUCUGAAGGAGAGUUCACGUAUGUCUCACGCAGAUUCUGCUUUGCUGGCUGAGAUCAUGGAUGAGGCCAGGAGGCAAGUGGGCGUGGUCUACAGUCAAGAUAGCCAAUGAGAUUUCAUUCCUGCAGCAUUUCAAACUACGGUUUACAUAGAGAUUGAACGUCUCGCUUUAAGACGUCAGAAAACCUCUUGUAAGAUCUCCGUCAUGUGAAUUAUUGAGUGACAGUAACAUCUUGUGCCUUUAACUGGAUUGUGAUGGUGUCUUAUUAACUUUAUGCAAAUAAAUUGAUCACAUUGCAGUAAA